CUGGACACUGACAUACAGCACUGGGAGAUAUUCGUCUCACUCAUUAUCACAUUUGUUGUCUCUUUCUGCCCCUUGCUGUUCAAUUUGAUUGUUAAAAUGGAGUACUACAAAACGCGCACCGCACUCUACGUGACACUGGCCCGCACUGGCUUGCUGCACAUCAGCACACUGACUAUGCUGCUGGUUUACUGGACACACUCCGACACGCCAUGCUGGGAGAGCGCGCUGGGCCGCGAGGCGUACCGGCUGGUGCUUUUAGACUCCCUCGUAUCUUUGUUCCUCCUACCGCUUGUUGAGUUCGCUAGAGGUUUCUUUUUUAAGUGUGGCACGUUGCAGGUGUGGCGCGCUGCGCAGACGCAGACGGUGCUGUACAUGCUGGUCACGCUAUCCCUCUUCGUUACGAUCUUCUCGAUCGGCAGCCUCUUCCUGCGAGGGUCGUCUGAGGCAUGCGGGCCCUUCGUGACGUACGAGCGCGUGUGGGGCGUGGUGAGCGAGGGCGUGCUGCGCCUGCACACGCGGCCCGCGCUGCGCCGCGCGCUCGCCUUCCUCACGCGCCCCGGCGUCAUCGCCUUCGCCUUCCUCUGCCUCUGCGUGGCGACGUACCUGUCGCGGGCGCGCGCGCGGGCGCAGCGCAGCAUGGCGGCCAUCCUGCGCCGCAUGCUGCUGCUGCAGGCCAAGGACAAGGACUUCCUGCUCGCCGCCAUCGACAAGGUCUCCAAUGGAGAAUGGCUUUACAACCCUCGCGAGGAGGAGCAACCUCCGGACAGUCACACACUAAAGUACCUCCAAGAGGUGCGCAAGCCCUCCAACGCGGCGUACCACUUCGACGUCAGCCGCCUCAACCACUCCCUCUCAGAGACACGCGCGCACCACUCAGGGAACAACCCGCACCACUCAGAGACACGCCCGCACUCCUACCACGUGGAUAGACGUAGGUGCAGCGAGGAUGGGGAGACUGACAGCUCCUUCAGCUGGCAGGGCUCCGGCAGCUGCCUCAACGUCACUAAAGAUGGUAAACUGGAGUAGACCAUCGGAGUAGACCAGUUUGGAAGAAAACAAACAAUAUACUUACGCCUGGUGAACAGUAAUUUCGACUAUUGAGAAAUGAGUAGACCAUCUUAGUAGACCAGUUCACUGCUUUGAAUUCUCUCAUUUUAACUCUUAAUAAUUGCCUUAUAAACUCAAUAUUUAUACUCAGGCUUAUUUGGCACUGGAAUAGUAAUCUAGUCCAGUAUUAAAAUGAUUUUACUAAAAAAAAAACAAAAAAAAACGAUAAUUUAGUCGAUUAGUAAAUUAUUUGGUACCAAUAGUAAAAACUGUCCUGCAAAGAAACCAUAGAAUAUUUCAAUACUUUUUCUAAUCUACAUUUUGUCUAUGGUUUAAAAAUUCUAUUCGUUUGAUUUGAUCGAAAUAUAUUUGUUCUGUACCAUAAAGUAUUAGCGAUGAAUUGAUUCUCUUUGAAUUGAAUUUUCUUGAAUUUGAAUAUAUAUUUUCAUUUGAGUAAUUUUACAUGUGUCAAUUUGAUGUCU